CAUUUAAUUUGUUGCUUGGGAAUUGAACCCAUAACCUUUGACAUCCUAACACAGUGCUCUACCAAUCGACCUUCAGUUGGGGAAUAGAUAAUGACAAGUGAACGAUCCUUUUCCUUUUGGAAAACAAGUUUGCACCGUUUUAAUGCAGCUUUACAGAAAACAUUUCACUAAAACAAAAUUAUGCCAAAAUAUUUGUAUCUGUACCUCUGAGUAAGCAAACUGAAGGCCAAACAUAGACCUUACUCAUUUAUUUCAUUUCCUUUGUGGGUUUUUAUGAAAAUACGGAAAGAGGUUGUGUCAACUUCCUUUUUGCUGUCAGCUCAGUAACAUGGACACACUCUAUGAAAAUACAGAUUUCGUAGAUUUAUCUAUCAAUGAAGCCUCUUACUGUAAGGGAGUCCAUCAGAAGAGAGAUGUGACUCAAUCUAAGUGUACUAAAGUUCUUCUGUUGGUUCUCUGCGUCUUUGUUGUUCUUGCUGUUGGUGGUCUCUGUGUUUUGGGGGUCCUGUAUAAUAAUAAUAAUCUUGGAGAUUUUGAAUCACUGCACGUACAGCACCAAAGGGCUUUAAUGCAACUAUCAGCUCAAGAGAUUAAUGCCACAAUCAUGGAGAGAAAACUUAAAGGGUUAAUGGCCGACCUCACCACAGUUAGAGAGCAACUGUCUUUUUGUAAAGACAUGGAAAGUGAACUUCAUGAAUUAAAAGCCAAGAACAACAAACUAAGAGCUUCCCUUUAUGAUGCUCAGUCUUGCGAUCUCUGGACAGUUUGUCGUGGGAUGAUUUACUUCAGCACUGAUAAACGAGACUGGGCAAGCAGUCGUGCUGUGUGUGUUUCAAUGGGAGCUGACCUGGUUACCAUAACCAGCCAAAAAGAACAGGAUUUCCUGGUGUCUAAAAUUAAAGAGACUCACUGGAUCGGUCUUAAUGAUCUGGAGACUGAAGGUCGAUGGGUUUGGGUGAAUAACAAAAGUCUUGAGGAGACCCGAGUAGAGUUCUGGCACAAGAGGACAUCUGAGAAAAGUGAACCUGAUAACUGGAAGGUGGAGGAUCCAUCCGGAGAAAACUGUGCCAGUCUGGGUUACCGCGGCGGCUAUCUACACAAUUGGUUUGAUAAUUCUUGCAAAGAGCUGAAGAGGUUCAUCUGUGAAAAGAAAUAAUUUACUUCCACAUAUGAUAGAGGUCUGCUUUCUAAAUAUGCAAACAUACUUCAGACACAAUAAUAAAAGACAAAGAGACGUGUUAGAUUAGGCCUGUUCUCCAUUCAAGUGUGAGUAAAAUCUUAACCAUGUCACAGUCCUGUCAUCCUUGUAAAUGUAUUGUGUUAUUAGUUAAAGGUUUGUGUUAGAGUGUGAUGUUCAGAUCCUGAAUUUUGUUCUGGUGUCAGGAUCUAAACUU